AGCCAUUGUUUGUUUAUUAUAAAAUUACCAAAAGCUCCUUGGUAACAGUUUGUGUAUACAAACAAAACAUAUGCUAAAGCAAGCUUUGAUAAUUUGCAUAUUAUGUCUUCAAUGUGUCAAAUAUGAACUAUAUAGUUACAAUAAAAGUUUAGUUUUAAAGUUAAAUUUUUAUUUAUCAGUUUGAAGAAUGUCUAACAGUAUACAUGUAACUAAAUUACCAAAAACCAGUUCUGAAAUCAUUAAUGAAGCAAAAGCAGCUUUGAAUCCACCUCUUUAUGUUAAGCCAUUAACAACAAAUAGGCCAUUCACCCCACACGAAAGAGUUUUUUUUUGUCAUCGACGAACUAAUCGACCACCUAGUGCUUUUAAAUUACAACAUAUACUGUUACAAGAAAAGAAAAAAACCUCUUGUACAAAAUUACCAGCUCUUAAUAAAUCAAAAUAUAGUAAUAUUGAUAAUUCUAAUCAUAAAAAAGAAGUAAAAAGUCAAAUACAAAGCAGCUCACCAAACACAACUCGCCAACGAUCUAAUUCAGAUGUUUCAAACAGCACAAGCUUAUCAAGAAAAAAUAUAUCAUCAUUAUCGUUUCCCCUUUCAAUUGACGCAUUACUUAAGAAUCACUAUGAACAAAACUAUUACGAUCAUGAAUACAUGAGUCAUGAAAAUGAAAUCAACGAAGCGCGGGCAUUGUGUUUUGAUGUCCCCACUGACUGUUUAUGGGUUGUAUCACUAAUCGAGACUAAAAUGAAAAAAAAUUUUGAAACCAGUGAGAUGUGCGCUCUGUUAAAUAAGUUAGCACUGGCAAUAAAACAAGAAAACCUAUCGGUUUUACGAGACGAAAAUAAGAAAGAAAUUAUAUUGAAAACAAUAUUUAAACUUGUUAAUAUUUCAACUGACGACGAACUUACAGUUCAUUUGUUAUUGGUAUUAUUUCAAAUGCAAGUUACUGGAAAGUAUUUGGCAUCUGCUUGCAAGCUAAUAUUCAAAAUAUCUCGUUUGGAUAAAAAUGAUUGUUUAUUCCUCAAAACCAAUGUUUUAACUCUUUUUGUUGACAUACUCGGCUUAGCUACACCCCACGAAGACUCAGAGUCUUUGAUUUACGGCUACGGCGCUUUAAAAUUCCUUACAAUGAAUCCGGAUCUAAUGGAACGGGCUAUGAAUAAUGGUUGUUUAUCGCUUAUGUUAUUGCAUUUAAAAAUGAUAAAUUUGGAGAGAACAGAACGCCAAAUCUUACCAGAGACUAUUAACCAUGUUCUAUAUCAGUUGACUGGCACUCUCAGAAAUAUAGUCAAUGAUAGGAAAUUCUACGACCAACUUUUAUUUUCUGGUGGUUUGAAAACUAUGUACCGCUCUUUGGAAUUGUUUUCUGGAGAUAUUGAUGUUGUAACGAACAUUGCAAGAACUUUUAGUAUUCUGUCCACCGAUGGAAAAUGUUGCGAAGCACUUGUGGAAUGCUGGUCGAACGUAUCCGUAUUAAUGUCAAUCAUUGAUAAAUAUCCCGGACAAGAAGAAAUUGUUGUUCGCAUUACCUAUGCAUUAGGAAACAUACUGACCAAUCACGAAAACGCUAGACAUCAACUGUAUGAAACGCAUUGUUCCAUGAGCACUUUUUUGAAUUUAUUGCAACUAUACUUGGAAAAAGAUCUAAUGAAUAUAUCACGUGACAUCAAAUUCAACAUUGUCGAGGACGUGUUAGUAAAAGUAAUACGAGUCGUGGUUAAUAUGAGCAUACAACCAGAAAUCGGUGCGAAAUUAGUAAUGGCGGCAAACGAUAGUCAUCCGGUUCAUAAAGUAAAAGAAUGUGAACAGUUUUUAGACUCUUUGUUGACCAUUCUUAGACGGAAAUCUAUUGAUGAAAACGAAGAACUCGUGCUGGCUGCGCUGGCAGCUCUGAACAAUUUAUCCUACUACGCAGACAUGUCAAACUCGAAUCGUGGCCCUUUUAACGCUCGUCAAUUAGAUAUAACACAAGCAUUAAGCUUACUACUGACGACUAGAAAUCAUACUUGUAAAGUAGAAGUAGCCAGAGUAUUUGGGAAUUUAACUAGAUCAUCUACGGUUCGAAACUACUUAUUGGAAACUAGUGGACUGUUGGCCAUCACCAACUGCUUGGACUGUAGCGGUGACAAGGAAUUAUUGACCGUGUGCAGCGGCGUGCUGGUCAAUAUGACGUCAGACGAGAACCAUCGGGAAGCGUUCAAGAACUACGACGGCGUCUCGAAAAUGGUGAACAUCCUGCGGUCGUCAGGCGAACGCGAUUGGCCGCUGUUCGCGCUCGUAUGUCAGACCCUGUGGAACGUGUGCUCAGGCGGUGACAGUUUUCCCGGCGACCCGAUGACCGUACUCGACACGCUGGUCAGACUUACCGAUGAGGAACAAUUAUUCGGUGAGCUAUUGUCAUCGGACGAGGAGAAAGCGGCCGAGUACAAGCAGUGGGAAGAUUUCGCUUCGGUGGCUACGAAUCUUUUGGAGUGGUUAGAUGAGCUGCUGGAAGGCAGAUUUGAUAACAUAUAGUACAAUUAACUGACCAUCUUUAUUUAAAUCAUCUACCGUCCGUAUUUACUAGAUAUACACUUGGCUGUCCAUAGACAGGCACGUAAAUACGUGCUUAAUUGGGGGGGAGGGUGAUUAACUUUAAAAUUAUUAUGGCUUAAAUAAUGUUCAAUUAAGUGAUAUACCGUUUAUCUUAAUUCGUGAUUUUUACAAUACGGUCUUUGGGUAAUUGAUUUUAUGCCUCCCCCCCACAUUGAUUACGUGCCGGUCUAUAGAUUGAAGUAAGUAUUUCCAUAUUUAUUAUUUACAUUAUUAUCUAGAUUAGUAUAUAAAUACGGUAUUAAUCAAAGUUAUCGAUUACAAUUUUUAUAGAUCCUCUACGAGCAAAUAUUAUAAUAGACAUUUGAUUAAUCCACUUGAUAAACUUUUCAAAAUGUUUACCAUUUAUAAAAUUUUUAAUUUUCACUUUCCAUGUAUACAUAUAUAGUUGUA